GCAACAGAAGCAGCGGAGCAUUACGCGCGGCCACGCGGCAAAGGAAGCACCUGUGUCUGCGGGAAAUAAACACCACACCUGUGACUAUCCCUCGCACUGUCUUGGGUCCGCCAUGUGGGUCCUGGAUAAAAUCCGCGGGUCGGUGGAGACGGGCGUGCUGCGUCAGGGUGAGAGCGGCGACAAGAAAGGCGUGGCCCCGCCCUACUCCAACGUCCUCACCCCCGACAAGAUCCCGGACUUCUUCAUCCCGCCAAAGCUGGUCAGCUGUGCUCCGGAGCCUGAGGUUCCGCUGGCGAAGCCCAAGGAGACUCUGCAGCCGUCGGAGCAAACCAUCAGCAGCGGGAGAAAGAUCAGCGGUCCGAAGAGUCCGCGUCUGGUCGCAAAGCUGGCGGGAGACACCAAGAACCUCCUGAAGGCGGCCAAUCGUCACAUCAUUCAGAUCGAGAGCGCCGACGACGUCCCCGGCGACACCAACGCCGACCCCCAGUCGCAGACCGCCAUGUCUCUCCCCUACGUCCCCAAGACCCAAACUUCGUACGGAUUCGCCACCCUGAAGGAAAGCCCCCACACCCGCCGCAAGGAGUCGCUGUUCCACUGUGACAUCAGCAGUCCCAUCACGUCCCCCAACAUCCAGAGGAAGACCAGCAAGGACGGCGGCGGCGGCGGCAACCACCUGAACCCGGCCGACUGCAACGCCUCCCACAUGAACCCCUACCGCUACUUCAGCGGCGGCGAGAGCGACACCUGCUCCUCGGCCGAGUCGUCCCCCUUCAGCUCGCCUCUGCUGUCGCGCUCCGCCUCGCUGCUGAAGAUCUUCACGCACGAGACGCAGGCCAAGGUGGUGAAGGCCAAGCGCACCUUCGCCCGCCACAGCUCCCUCUCCACCGACGAGUGCAGCUCGGCCGAGCCCAGCCCCAGCCUCCAGCGCCGCCUGCACAUCCCCUCCUUCCACUGCGCCACGCCGGCGCCGGAGCACGGCCUGCAGCGCCAGCACACCGUCAAUCUGCACAAGGGCGGCACCCUCAGGAUCUGCGCCGACUACGACGCCGGCACCUCCCGCCUGCGCAUGCGGGUGCUGGCGGCCGAGAGUCUGUACGACAAGCAGUGCGACAUCAAGGGCGUCAACUGCUGCGUCUCCGUCUACCUGAACCCCGGCAAGGUGCAGAAGCAGAGGAGCAACAUCAUCAAGAACAGUCGCAACCCCGUCUUCAACGAGGACUUCUUCUUCGACGCCAUCAGCUCGCUGCAGGUCAAGAACCUGUCGGUCAAGUUCAAAGUGGUCAACAAAGGAACCAGCCUGAAGAGGGACACGCUGCUGGGGGAGUGCGAGGUCCUCCUCACCAAGCUGCUCUCGGGGGUCUAAGAGCGCCCUUGGACCUUCACCACUUCUUUGCACGGCUUCUUCUGCUCCCAUCACCACUUCUUGACCACUUUCAGUGCAGCUCACUUUGCCUGCUGCACUUUGCUGCACUUUGCUGUACUUUGCUGCACUUUGGUGUACUUUGCUGCACUUUGGUUAUGGCAGACUUAGUCAGGGGCGGAGAGUUAGGACGGUUCCAAGGCCCCCCUAAAAAGUAACCGCUGCAAAGGAGGCGCUAAAGUUUCUUAGUUUUUUUCAUGGUGACACAAAACUCCAGUCCUGGUCUUACUUCAAAAAGUACACCGUAAAAAUACAUCUGUGGAUUUUACAGUAAAAAAAAAAAGUUUUUACUGUAGAUGGAUUAAUACGGAGCCCCUAAAGGGACG